AUGGACAAAGAAAGAUGGGAAGGUAGCAGAACAUAUGAGAAGGAGGUAGGGAGAUGGGAAGGUAGCAGAACAUAUGAGAAAGAGGUAGGAAGAUGGGAAGAGAAAGAGGUAGGAAGAUGGGAAGGUAGCAGAACAUAUGAGAAAGAGGUAGGAAGAUGGGAAGGUAGCAGAACAUAUGAGAAGGAGGUAGGAAGAUGGGAAGGUAGCAGAACAUAUGAGAAAGAGGUAGGAAGAUGGGAAGGUAGCAGAACAUAUGAGAAAGAGGUAGGGAGAUGGGAAGGUAGCAGAACAUAUGAGAAAGAGGUAGGAAGAUGGGAAGGUAGCAGAACAUAUGAGAAAGAGGUAGGAAGAUGGGAAGGUAGCAGAACAUAUGAGAAAGAGGUAGGAAGAUGGGAAGGUAGCAGAACAUAUGAGAAAGAGGUAGGAAGAUGGGAAGGUAGCAGAACAUAUGAGAAGGAGGUAGGAAGAUGGGAAGGUAGCAGAACAUAUGAGAAGGAGGUAGGAAGAUGGGAAGGUAGCAGAACAUAUGAGAAAGAGGUAGGAAGAUGGGAAGGUAGCAGAACAUAUGAGAAAGAGGUAGGAAGAUGGGAAGGUAGCAGAACAUAUGAGAAAGAGGUAGGAAGAUGGGAAGGUAGCAGAACAUAUGAGAAAGAGGUAGGAAGAUGGGAAGGUAGCAGAACAUAUGAGAAGGAGGUAGGAAGAUGGGAAGGUAGCAGAACAUAUGAGAAGGAGGUAGGAAGAUGGGAAUGUAGCAGAACAUAUGAGAAAGAGGUAGGAAGAUGGGAAGGUAGCAGAACAUAUGAGAAGGAGGUAGGAAGAUGGGAAGGUAGCAGAACAUAUGAGAAAGAGGUAGGAAGAUGGGAAGGUAGCAGAACAUAUGAGAAAGAGGUAGGAAGAUGGGAAGGUAGCAGAACAUAUGAGAAAGAGGUAGGAAGAUGGGAAGGUAGCAGAACAUAUGAGAAGGAGGUAGGAAGAUGGGAAGGUAGCAGAACAUAUGAGAAGGAGGUAGGAAGAUGGGAAGGUAGCAGAACAUAUGAGAAAGAGGUAGGAAGAUGGGAAGGUAGCAGAACAUAUGAGAAAGAGGUAGGAAGAUGGGAAGGUAGCAGAACAUAUGAGAAAGAGGUAGGAAGAUGGGAAGGUAGCAGAACAUAUGAGAAAGAGGUAGGAAGAUGGGAAGGUAGCAGAACAUAUGAGAAAGAGGUAGGAAGAUGGGAAGGUAGCAGAACAUAUGAGAAGGAGGUAGGAAAGCAGUUUAUUAAAGUCAGUACACUGAAAACCGUGGCUUUCCUUACGUCAACUUACAUUUACUCAGUUUUAUAACUUUUGUAGAGCAAUAGACAUCUGUAGAGAUUAUGUGUAUUUAGACAGCUUUUUUACUGGAAACAAUGCUC